AUGGCCGUCCAUCAAAUGCUGAGACGAUCUUUAUCCAGCGAAAAAAGAUCGGCUGAAGUUCCAAAGGGGCAUUUUGCUGUUUAUGUUGGAGAAUAUGAGAAAAAACGAUUUAUAAUUCCCGUUUCGUAUUUAAACCAUCAUUCAUUUCAAGAACUAUUGUUUCGAGCUGAGGAAGAAUAUGGAUUUCAUCACUCAAUGGGAGGCCUUACAAUUCCUUGCAGUGAGGAUUUGUUCAUUGAUCUAACGUCUCGUUCUGAGACAAAUAUGAUACUGUCAGUAAAUGAAAAUGGACUUUCCGACAAAACUAUAGUAGAUGUGCUUACGCGAGAGAAUUAG